AUGGAUGAUGUUUUUCGAUGGGGCUACACAUCGAGAAGGAGCGAGGGUAGGUGUAGUGUUUGUUUCUCCAUAACGAAAAAUACUCCUAUACUCGUUCUCAUUAAACUUUGCUCUGACAACGUAGCCGAAUAUCAAGCAUUGAUUAUUGGUCUACAAAUGGCCAUUGAGAUAGGCAUAUCGCAACUUGAGAUCUUUGGGGAUUCCAAAUUAAUUAUCAACCAAAUCUUGGAGCAUUAUGAUGUCAAGAAAGAAGACCUUAUCCCUUAUUGCAAAUAUGUGAAGAAGUUGCUGGCAAAUUUGGAGGCCAUCACAUUGGAGCAUAUACCAAGGAAGGAGAAUAAGCAGGCUGAUGCUUUAGCUAAUUUGGCUACUGUCUUAGCAUUAUACUAG